AUGGGAGCUUAUAAGUAUAUCAACGCCUUAAACCGCAAGAAGCAGAGUGACGCUCUUAGAUACUUGCGCCGUAUCAGAUGCUGGGAAUUGAGACACCUCCCACGUAUCCACAGAAUUGCUGCACCAACCAACGUUGCUCGUGCCAGAAUUUUGGGAUUCAAGAACAGAAAAGGCUUCCUUGUAUUCUCCAUCAGAGUCCACAGAGGAAAUAGAAAGAUCCAGGCCAGAGCCGGUAUUGUCCACAGAAAGCCAGCCAACCAAGGUAUCCACAGAAUUAAAAAGCACCAAUCACUCCAAGUCAUUGCUGAAAACAGAGUCGGAAGAAAGUACCCAUCCCUCAGAGUUUUGACUUCAUACUCUAUUGGACAAGACUCGACCUUCAGAUUCUAUGAAAUUAUCAUGGUCGACCCAAUGCUCAAGGAGAUCAGAGACGACCCAACCAUUAACUGGAUCUGUGCUGGUAAACAAAAGAGAAGAGAAGCAAGAGGAUUGACUCACGCCGGAAAGGUCUCAAGAGGACUUUCUGGAAAGGGAAGAAGAUACAACAAGGUUGCUCACGGAGGAAGAAGACACAAUUUGAAGAGAAGAAUGUUGCUUCAAUUCAGAAGAUACAGAUGA